CUUCUCCUUAGUCAGUGUGCGAGUAGCGAGCGUAAGGUGAUGAGAUCGUCGCGUGUGUUCCCUACGUUUAGCCUCUCCGAACUGUGAUUAGUGUUGACGAUUAUUUUGAUUAUUCCAAAUUUAAAAUAUAUUGUUUGCAACUUUAUUUAAUUCGUAACGCUUUGGGAAUUAUACGGAAUUAUUGAAAUUUUUGUGCCAUUCUACUCUCAAAUCCAGUUUUUCUUAAGGAAAUUUGAAUACUGAUUUUUUAAUACUUGAUAAUCGAAAAAGUGUCAGAUAAAAAUGAAGAGCUACGCUGCGUUGCUGAGCCUCCUUCUGGUCCUUGGAGCAGGGUUACACACCGCUGGCCAGUCAGAGAUCUUCGAAGACAUUGGAUUGGGCCAGGAACAAUACGACUACGACGACGCAGGCGCUGCUGAUGAUGACGAGAAGGGCGGGAAGCACGAGGUGCCCAGUUUCAACGUACAGCCCAUGGUCUUCAAUCCGACUGUCGGGGAAACUGUAAACAUUCCCUGCACCUCCGGCACCAAGUAUGACAGUGCGCUACUUAUGAAACGCAGGUACUUCGAUGAUAGUAAAGCAGAACAAUUGAUAUCCGGCGAUACUUUCUUCUUCGUGAAAGACGAUCGUUAUUCCAUUCAAGACAACGUAUUCACUAUCACAAACGUACGCAAGAGCGACUCAGGCUACUACAGUUGCACCUACCAAACCCCGGACAUGAACAUUAACGUAACUCAUACUUUAGACGUAUACUUCUCAGCAACGGUGAAACCUGAACAUAAGAUUAUCGAAGCAAUCAAGGGCGACAAAGCCGAUCUGGACUGCAACGCUGAUGGCAAUCCCAAGCCAACGAUCACAUGGACCAAACAAGGAGGCAAGAUGCCCUCUGGAGAAGCUCAGGAGCGCGGCACUAGCAUCAUCUUCGAGGAGGUCGACCGCCACGUCCACGGCACCUACGAGUGUCUUGCCCAGAACGGAGUAGGCGAGCCUGCUAAAGGCACGCGUGAAGUCGUCGUCUUCUACCCGCCCGAGAUUCGCACUGAGAAGGAGAUCGUGCACACCGGUAACGGCGACAAGGUGGAGCUCGUAUGCGUGGUGCAUGCCAAUCCUGCGGCCGAGGUUCAGUGGACACACGACAACAAACCUGUUGACCGCGACACCAUGGCCGAGGUACACGAAGGUGGCCACCGCCACCUCCUGACCAUCGAACAAGUGUCGGAAGCUGACUUCGGCGUGUACCAGUGCAGCGCUUCGAACAAAUACGGCGCUGUCUUCGAGGAAAUCAAACUGACCGAUGCUCCAAGUGCUCCCGCCAUCACAAGCGAUCCUCACAGCGCUGAAGAAUCUUCCUACACACUCACGUGGACCACGGAGAGCUAUUACCCCAUCACCGCCUACACCAUCACCUACCGCAAGACUAAGGCAAACGAGAGCACCGAUGAGCCUGGCGAGUGGAUGGAGAUCGCCGAGGACGUGGCUGAAGGUGCGCAGGACGCCGGUCCAUCGCGGAGCUUCGAGCGCACCGUCGCUGACCUGGAACGCGCUACCGACUACGAUGGUGUGCUCGUCAUCCGCAACUCUGUUAAGCCUUCAGCGGACGUCACCUUCAACUUCUCCACCAGGAAAGCUCUACCUCCCACAUCACUCAUCCAACUCGGGGACAACAAAGACGCACUCGCUGGCAUGGAUAAAGAAACAGCUGGAGGCCACCGCCACCCCAACGCCGCUGCCUCAGCUAGUCUGAGUGCCUCGCUGCUGAGCCUCUGCCUCUUCAGGUUACUGAGCAUCGCCUCGCAAUGAGUCUCCUGGCUGGCCUAGCUACUGUUAUGCCCAACGAUGGCAAGCGUUUCGAGUGAUCGUCAGUUACGAAGAACUGUAUUGUAGCUGAGCUGAAUUUGAAAUUUUUUGCCUCAGCUUGAAAGUCUUGUCUUCACUUCAAUAAUUUUCAUCACUGGAACACACAUCCAUGGAGGACGUCUUAUUUGAAAGUCUCACCAUCUGCAUGUCAUGCAUGCGUGAUGUAGAAUGUAAAAUUAUGUAGGUUGUAGGAUUGCGGAAGGAUUAAAUGGUUUUGCGUCAAGAAAGGAAUGAUUUCUACCGUUCUAAAAUUCAGCUUUCAAAGACUUGAAAUGUUCGCUUUUUUUAAUCUAAUUUUUCACACAAAAGCCUAUGAUGUACGUAUAAUCCUUUUUUUCUUGUUAUGUAAUUGUCAAUGCAAUAAAAUUUAAUCUUCCUGAUAUAAUUCUCGAAGAUCUUAAAAAUAUAAAGCAUCGAGGCUCUCGUGUAAGACGUACUCCAUGACCCCUGGACACUACAGUGCCGCGUCUCUUCCUCUUGGCGACAAAACAUUUCCUUAUAUUUAUUUGUGCGAAAUUCCAGUUGCUAUUAAAGGAUUCUCCGUAUACAAACAAGGCACGGCAGUUUCAGCGCAACGAGUGUUCUUAAAUUACUUCUCUUUCGACUGCAAAGUUUUGAUACUUCUAAUAUUUUAAUAAUGAAUGAAUUUUCUCAUAUCUUAAUAUUGAAUUCCACUAGCUGCUGAAUUUUAAAGAUAACCUUCCACAGUUCGAAUGAUGUGGCUCUUUGACUUAGCCUUUCCCUCGAGCUAUUUGAUCCUUUCUUCUUGCCAAGCUCAAUACAUCGCAGCGUUUUAAAAAAUUCUACAGAAUUUUAGAGAAAAUCGUAAAUUAGGAAGAUACUAUUCAUAAUUUUUUGUAUAAAUAGCGAGAAGUGAUAAUAUUAAGGAAUAGCAUCUUAUUUCUUAGCAAAAAAAUAUAAUUUCUUUAUUUUUAUUUAUUUUGCAACGGCUAACAUAGACGCUAAUUUUAUCCCAAAUAGAAACGGCAUUAGUCUCAAGUGUUUGUAUAUAUCAGCGAGAGUGGAGCUUGAUGUUUUAUUCAUUGUUGCUUCUCACUUUUGCAUGAAACUUACCUCAAAAAACUGUCAUUGCAACAAUUGAAAAUUUUUCUGCAGUCUAAGAAUAUUUGUCGCAAGAGUUUCUGAUGUUGGCUAAAUUUCUUCAGCAUUUUCGUCGUUUUUACAAUCGAAAUGGUUUCACUUUUGUCUAUUUUAUAGUGUUACAAAGCUAUGCUUCAGAAGUGCUACAUUAUUCAUAGGGUUAAGGUUUUUCCAGGAGUACAUUUCAUGUUGGAUCGCUGAUCUCUGUACCGGUGAACUGUUCUGUUUUCAUCGUCGUCUGGUCGCUCAGUAUUGCAAUUUACAUUGACCCCCCAUACCACCUGCUUAACAGUACGGUUGAGAUAAGAUGAACAUUAUUGUAUAAUAAAGUGAUGUGCCUCUUGUUUGGCUAAAUGUCAAGAGGGAUCGCGUGCAGAGAAAUUCUUCCUACCGUAUAUUGGCGUAUAUAUAGAAUCUUCAAAAAAUUUGGUUUUACAGUCACGACGUUUCCGGAAUUUUUAACUUUGGUUGCAGAAUAGGCACGUAGAUAUAGAAGUAUAAACCGAAAAGUUAUCUAAAUUAUGUAAUGACAGAUUUUCAACCUAUUGAUGAUUCUUUUAAAGUUGUUGAUCUUACAAUAAGAAUUUCUAGUGCCGUGUUUUUCAGAAGUGUGACAAAAUUUCAUUUCUAGAGCUGAUAACCGCAUUUAAUUUUCACGGUGUUCGUGCAGUCAAUACUGGACAUCGCUAUCCUUAAAAUCACACAGAUCUGAUCAAAUUGGAAAAUGUGUAGCAUCAAUAUUCCUAGAUAAUGCUUUGUUUGACCACUCACGCGCUCAGUUAUGUCUAAAUCAUUCAAUUUUUUAGGGUAUUUCUAUGAAUCAAGUCAUCUUUCAUUUAAAGUGAACAUAAUUCAUUUGUUUUAUCUCGUAACCUCGUGUGGCAGAAAAAUAUAUUAAAGUUAUUACAAAAAUUAACUAUCAUUUAUUAUUCAAAAUGAGAAACUGAUAAAUUAGUUUGUUUUGACUGUCUUAGAAUUCGAAUUUACAAUUAAUUUUUUCGUUUAUCAUAAAAUUUCACGGUGUUAUUAUGAGCUUAAGUCACUUUGCUAUGGUUAAUGCUAAUCUUAGACAAGAAACACAAUCACAUGGCUAAUCUUCCACGAUACUGUGCCUCAGAUAUUCUCCCCGUGUAAAAUCUAUUCAAUCUGAAGUUUCUCUAAUUUUUCCUCAAUGUCUGUCACGUCGAUUUUUCUGGAUAUAUUUUCAUCACGCAAAUUAACAUUUAUCGAAUGUUUUUUGUUACUCUUCUGCUACUUGCACUUGAUUUUCGCAGUUAUGAAAUCACUUUUAAAAACUUUGGCAUCUCUGAAAAGAUAUAAAUAAAUUUCCAUUUAAGAAAACUUUAAGAUUUUUCUCAUAAUGAGACCGAAAUCUCUGUCAUGCGUAAUAUACCUUCACUGCCACUUUUUCUGGCCUUGACAAAUCUCAUGAAAUCUACAAUGCAUUUUAUUUUCAGUCAAGUACUAAACUAAAGUAAUUUUAGACCGCAUUCUAUUUGGUUAACAUGUUCAUUUUUUUAAAUUGAUUUUUAUGUAUAGUUCAUAAAUAAAACAUUCAAAUUCAAGUCAAUUUUUUACGUUAUUAAAAGUGGACACUAAAAAUUUACUUUGCACUAUGCGAUUGAUAAAAUUUUAACCCCAAUGACACGCUUUCAAUUUCAAUAAACUAAUUAUUAUGAAAUGUUAAUUGUCAGCUGGUAUUUACCAGCCUAUGUUCUCGAGAUUUUUACUGUUUGUGAAUGUAUUACGUCCUAUAUGGCUUAAUACUCUCUCUUGGAUUAUUGCACGGAAUUUUGUGUCAGUGAACUAAGUUUCUAGCUGUAAAAGACGUUGAUUUCUUACGGAUCAUUGCUAAGAUGUACAUGUACAUUUAAACGCGUACUUGUGUAGCUAUGAAUAUAUGUAAUAGUAAGAAUA